AAUUUUUAUUUCAAGCAUCAACUUAAGCGGGUAACUGGAAAGUGCAGUGGUGCUCGUGAAAUCGAAGAAUGUCAUCUGAAUUCGAUACAGUGAAAAGCCCUAGAAAAUGGCGUUUUACAUGGGAAGCGCAAUCCCACAUACCAACCCUACGUCUGUUGCUAUUCGAUUCCCAUACCAAUCCUUCUCUCCAAUGUCAGAAUCUCAAGGUUCAUCUCAAUCUCCCGCAGUCCGUCGUUUGCGCCACUUGGCUCCAAGACCUCGAAGUGUCGAUUCGAGUUCCUAUUCCUCCGGUUUUGGUCGACUCUGAGUCGCCCUUGAGUUUUAGAGCUUUCGAAGAUCAUAUCGAAGUCAAGCUCUUCUUGCUUCUUCCGGUCGAUCACCCAAUUGUUCUCAACUUCGACAAUGUGCUGAACUCCUCCGAAGAGCGAGGAAAUAAGUACUCCAAGGCGUCGAAGCCGCUUUUGAUGGACUCUGAUCAAAACAGUUUAUCACGCACUGGUGGCGUCCACUUUUAUUGCAGAAAUUGUUCAUUCAGGCUGAGUGAAUCUCCUCUCAGAAAUUUUGUUGAGAUGCCAUCAGUCAAUUGGCGAGAGGUUGCUGAUAACUGGUUUGGGUCUUGCUGCUGCUCCUUUGGGGGGAUAAGCGAGAAGCUGGUAACUAGGUAUACAAAUUCCUAUAGAUGUGCAAAGGGUGUCUGCCUACUCACUUUAACAACUAUUACUCUUUCCAAGGAUGACAUUAUUGGACAUGUGUUCCCAGACUAUGAUGGGACCCGGCAAUUCAAGGACGAAUCAGAUUUUGCUGAUGGCAAUUGGUUAACGGAAGCUAAGCAGGAAUUACAAUGUAAUCUUACAUCUAUGAAGAAGGUAAAACCUAAGCAGUCUAAUGAUAAAACCCUUGCUGCAAACAUGGAGGGUGAUGCUACUGAGAAAGAAAGGGAAGAAGUUGAUUCACCUAAUAUGACUCCAAUUCCUGAUUGUUGUCAUCAUGGUGAAAGUAAUGUAUUAAAUCAUCUUGACAGAGACUGCAUGCAUCACACAUGUAGCACGUAUAAGUUAGACCCAAAGCCUAUUAAUACUAUUGAUCUUUCAGACGAUCAGAGAUCCUUUCUUAAUGGUUUUCUUGGAAAUAUCUUUAUGGCUAGACUGUCAAAUCUUUCAGCAGAUUUUGAGUGGGUUGAGUUUUUUUGCCCCAAGUGCUCUACUCUGAUUGGGGCUUACCCUUGCAGUAAUCGCUGCGGACCUACAGAUGGUGGAGUUCGACUCUUUAAAUGUUAUGUCUCAACAUGUUCAUCAGUUGAAUCUGGAAAUUUGUUGAGGGAGUACACCUUGGAAAGAAUGUUUGCAAAUCAGCUACUGGAAAGUGCAAAUGACGAAUCAUCAUUUCGCACUGUGGUUAAGGAGCUGAAAACCAAGUCUCCCAUGCUACACAUUGUUCUCAUCAAUUCAUAUUCUUGGUCGUGUAGUGGUUAUUGUUUGGGCAUGGAGGAUACAGCUGAAUCAGUUUCAAAGAUUGAUUUAAGUCCUGUCAUCAAGGUGCUAUUCUCUGAUUGCAGCAAAAGUGCGGAGUCCCAUUUGAGGAAACUUGAAGAGUGGGUAACAAAAGAUAUAGCGGAUGAAGUUUUUAUGUUAGCCCAUCAAAUAGAGGAAUUAGUUGAAAUCCUAGCUUCAGGAAAUGAUACACUUCCAUCUUCAUGUUCUUCCCUUGAUGGUUUAACUUUGACAUCUAUCCUGAGGUGACAUUUAUCUUUCUCACCUUCUUUGGAUUCCCACUCAGAUCAUGAAUCAGUGAAGUUUUUCAAACAUAUAACUUGAUAAAGCUGAGUGGCAGCUUUUGAAGAACUCAUCAUUGUAUACUAUGUUUCUGCUACCUUAAGUAGCCACAGCCACCAACCAAAUUUGUCAAGCCUCAUAUCUGUUUAUCAGCAAGCCAGACCGUACAUCGAUGGGAACCUUAUUAAUGCUGCUGGCUUAUCAGAUAUAGGAUGAAGCAUGUGGAGUAUGUUACUUUAUAUAUGCAGUUAACUCUAGCAUGUCUCCCAGGCAUAUUUCAUGUUCUGUUUAUUUGGCUCUCUGCUUGGUUCUGGCAUUAGUCGUCAAGGUGCUCGACUCGACUGUAAGAUACUUGAUAUUUAAUGUCCACAUAUCAGUUUGAUUGGAGCGAGCUUGUUCGGAAAGCUCCCACACAAGUCACAUGUAUUAGGGGAUUUCAACUAAUUAUGCAUGAACAUCUAAACCUUUAAUAUUUUAAGGUUGAUGUAGGCCUUGAGGCUUGUCCCUUUGCUUAUCUCUGUAUUAAGUACUCAGGGUUUUUGAUUUGUUUUAGGAUGUUUUAGUUCUUUCUUUGAUUUCUUCUUUUCCUCCAUGGAUUGCUCUUCACUUAGUUUUGACAUCAUUUCAUGCCAAGGAGUUUGCGGAUCAUGAGUUGCCAGCAAGUUUCGCUAUGAUUUAUUUUUUUGUUAUCUUUCUUUUUCUUAGCUUUUAAACUCCUUGAAGAUGCCAUGU